AUGGCCUCCAGCCUCGAUCCCGCGACUUCGGCCAUCCUGAUCGUCGGCGCCGGUACCUGGGGAAGCUCGACCGCCCUGCACCUCGCCCGCCGCGGCUACAAAAAAAUCACCGUUCUCGACCCUUACCCUGUCCCCUCCGCCAUAUCAGCCGGCAACGAUGUGAACAAGAUCGUAGAGCAAGGCUUCUUUUCCGGCACCGACGACGAUGAGGCCUACACCACCAACACACUGCUCAUGCGCACGGGUGAGGCAUGGAAGUCCGACCCCAUCUUCCAGCCCUACUACCAUGAUACCGGCUACAUUAUCGCUGCCAGCGAUCCGGACACGAUCGACGACAUGUACCGCCGCGAGCAACCAACGCCCGAGAAAGGCUUCGUCGACCUCAAGACCCCAGAAGAGUUCCGCAAGACGAUGCCCGAGGGAGUUCUGACCGGCGAUUUUCCUGGCUGGCGGGGCGUAUACAAGUCGACGGGCGCGGGCUGGGUGCAUGCGCGCAAAGCGCUGGUCGCGGCUGCAACAGAGGCCCAAAGGCUCGGUGCCGCGUAUGUGACGGGUGACCCUCAGGGGAAGGUUACGGAGCUUAUCGUCGAGGAUGGAGACGUCAAGGGUGCGCGCACUGCUGACGGCAAGGAGUGGCUCGCCGACAGGACGAUUCUGUGUGCUGGUGCAACCGCCCCGCAGCUGCUGGAUAUGAAGGAUCAGCUACGGCCGACGGCGUGGACUCUGGCGCACAUCAAGAUGACAGAAGAGGAGGCAAAGCUAUACAAGAAUCUACCCGUGCUGUUCAACAUCGAGCGCGGCUUCUUCAUGGAGCCUGACGAAGACAACCACGAGCUGAAGAUGUGUGAUGAGCAUCCGGGUUACCUUAACUGGACAAAAGACCCUAAGACUGGUCGCAUGGUCUCGCUCCCUUUCGCGAAGCACCAGAUCCCGCUCGGGGCAGAGAAGCGUGCCCGCGACUUUCUGCAAGAAUGCAUGCCCCACCUGGCACAGCGGCCUUUUAGCUUCGCCCGGAUUUGCUGGUGUGCCGACACUCCCAAUCGCUCUUUCAUCAUCACCCCUCAUCCAGACCACAAGAGCUUGAUCCUCGGUGUUGGAGGCAGCGGUCACGGCUUCAUGCAAAUCCCUAUCAUCGGCAGCUACAUCGCCGACGCAUUAGAGGAUAAGCUAGACGAGAGGAUGAAGAGAUGUUGGCGCUGGCGGCCAGAAACAGCCGUGGGAAGGGACUGGAAGGACAGACAGGGCCGUUGGGGCGGCACGAAUAAAGUCAUGGAUUUCCAAGAUGUCAAGGAGGGAGAGUGGACGAGCAUUCCACCGAGGCAGUAG